CAACAGGCUUUCGUUUGGGCUUUUGCAGCAGUGACAGAGGAGGAGCUGUCCCAGGCCCUGGUGGAUGGUGUGGAGAUCACGGCCCCCCCAGCCCGGAGGAACGUGGAGAACGGCUGGGCCGAGUGCACGGAAUCCAGUGCCGCUGGAUCCACCAUGGAGCCCGGGAGCGAACUGCUGGGCUCCAGCCUGGAGGAGACAAACAAAAUUCGAGAGGAGCUUGAUAUGAAGCCUGUUCCCAGGGAUAAAUAUUCCUCCUUUUCCCCUCGAGAGACAGACUGCAACCGCAAGAAGAGAAACAACGUCCUGAACGCCAUCCUGCUCCUCAUGAAGGAGCUGGACGCCGAGGGGCUGGAGAUCAUCCAGCAGACGGUGGUGAGGAGACUCCAGGCCUUGCAGAAGAAGGAGCUGCAGGAGGAGUGAGGGUGCCCAUGGCCAUUCCAACCCUCCCUGGAGCCCCAGCCCCACGGUGCCAUCCUGCCCACACAGCCCUGGCUGCAGCCAAAGCCUCGGUGCUCCCGCUGUGCUUCCCGUGGGGAGGGGCUGGGCCGGGAAGCUGCUGCUGGCUCCUUCUCCGGAGCUUUCCUGCCUGGGGAGCAGGCUCUGUUCAUGUUUGUAUCCCGUGUCUUUGGGGCUGUUGGAUGGGAACUGCAGGCAAAUCAACAAAGCAGGAAGGAGCAGGGCUGCAGCCAGAGGUGCUGUGUGAUCCAAGGGGGUGGCAACUGGAAAAGUCACCGCUCGUGGGCAGCUCCCACUCAGACUGACCCUCGGCCAGCCUGGGGUGUGUUGAAGCCUCUGGAGGCAGUUUCUACCACAAAGAUUUGGUUUUGUGAAGUCCAUCAAGGAGACAUUUCCUGAGAUGAUCACCAAGAACCGUCUGGUGCAGGUUGUGAAGGUCAAUGUCAAAUUCUUAAUUUCUUUUCCAAGCCCUGACUGGCUUCCUCUGGUCACGGCCAGUGCUUCCUUUAGCACUGCUUUGGGGGUCAGGCAGACCAAAGAAAACCUUGGAGCAGCCUCAGUGCAACACAAAUGACUCCCAAAUCCUGGAUGCUCAGCUGUCCUCUCACCCCCACAUUCCCUGCAGGCAUUAGAGCAGCUUAAGGAAACAUCCAAGUGAAAGGGCCCUGGGCGGUGCUGCCUGCUUUGCCCAGACAUCAGGGGUGGGCGUUGCUCUCUAACUGAUAAAAAUGCAUUUACUAAGGUUUUAUAGAGCUGUUAAAUACAAGCUAAACUGUUGUGACAUACCAAAUAAACCCAAUUAUCCCUCGA